UUCUAGUUUUCUCUAUAUUGUUGAUGAUCACAGGAGACUUUUAUUAUGUCGGAGCGCGCGCUGGUUUCCGGCUUCACGCACGCGCGGCAGCAGCAGGCAGCAUGGCGCCAGGAGGAAAGAUCAACAAACCCAAAACCGAGCUGGGCCGGAAGCUGUUCAAGAGGCGGAGAGUUCUGAGCCGAGAGAAGAGGCAGAAGAGGAAGAUAGUGGGAGCGGUGAUUGACAGAGACCUGAUCACCAAACACCACCUGAAGAAGAGGAGCUCCAGCGCGCGGGCGAACAUCACUCUCUCCGGGAAGAAGAGGAGGAAACUGAUCAAGCAGCUGGCGCACAUGGAGCGGGAGAAAUGCGCCGCCGCAGCAGCAGGUGUGUGUGUGUGUGUGUGUGUGUGUUCUGGUUCAGUGUUCACAGAUGAUGAUUGUGGAAUAAAGGAGUGUGUUUCCUCAUGUGUGUGUGUGUGGUCAUCUCAUCUCUGCUGUGUGUGUGUGUGUGUGUGUGUGUGUGUGUGUGUGUGUUUGUGUGUUUAUAAGAGUUUCUGUUUUCAACACCUCAGCUGAAGAUCACCACCAUAUUACACACACACACACACACACACACACACACACACAUGAACUAGUCAAACAUGCUUAUAUCAGCCGCUUCAAUGUGUGUGUGUGUGUGUGUGUGUGUGUGUGUGUGUUCCACUGGGAGUCAUUGUCAUUAUUAUUAUUAUUAUUAUAGUCUGUCAGGGGUUCAGUGAUGUCCAGAACUGUCAGCAUUACAGUGUUUAAUAAUGACUCUCCAUCAGCCUCUAAACACAGCUCAUUCAGGAGAUUUGGGGAUAUUGAUAUGAUAAUAAUCCUCAGAUUUGAGCAGUAGAGCAGUGCUUCUGUCUUCAGUGUGUUUGUUAUCAUUAAUGUCUUCAUCUGACUGCAGAAACAGCCCGGCCUUCUCCAGCUCCAGUCACACAUCAGGCCGCGGGUGCGCUUCAUGUGUCGUCCACAGGGCGGCGGGCAUGCGCGGACUGCAGCAUUAUGGGGGAUUGAGUUCAGCACAGCACUCGCGGCCAAUAAACUAAGCGAUUAUUGAAAUAAAUAAGCUGAGAUGACGGCUUCAAUUAAAGCAUAAAGCAUCAAUAAACAUCAUAUAUAAUCG